AUGCGCCACAAGACACUCUCCUGGGAUGCGGCUCAAUCACUAGUCGCCGGGGUAUAUACCAUUAUAUCUGUCAUAUCUGCCCAACUGUCCAUCGGCACGGACGUCAAUGGCGGCCCUGGCUCCGUGGACGCUCGCGUCGUGCUCGUGGAUCAUAGCCGAGACAAGCGUUUUACCGAGGACUUCCGUCCGGCCAUCGAGCCCAACAACACCGCCGUCGUCGACCUCGCCACGUUCGCGUCGGCCUACUUCCCCUGGAAUUAUGUCUUCCACCCGGACAGCGAGGCGGGUCACCAGUUUUACUCGACGUACAUGAAGCUGGCAGAGGGCAACCAGGUCUUCCUGCAGGAGCAGCUCGUCACCGUCCAGGGCGGGGUGACGCUCAACGUGCCCAACGCCAGCACUACGUCUAAUACCUCUCAGACCAGCAGCUACUCGACUGUUUGUCUAGGGGGCACAUUCGAUCACCUGCAUCCGGGACACAAGCUCCUGCUGACAGCUGGUGCCUAUCUGCUCAAGGUCCCUGAGAGGGGAAAGUCUGCGACUUGUCACUACAUCAUUGGGAUAACAGGGGACGAGCUGCUCAAGAACAAAAAGUUCGCCGAGUAUGUACAGUCAUGGGACGAGCGCGCACGGAGCGUGAUUGAAUUCCUCUCCUCCAUCCUUGACUUGUCUCCGACGGGCUGGAGGGAUGGUUCAGCCACGAAGAUCAUUGAGAGCGACGGCGACUUCCGCGCCUCCUUCCGCGAAGACACCAUCUCUAUCCAGUGCGUCAGGAUACAAGACCCCUUCGGGCCGACAAUCACCCAGGAGGAUAUAGACGCCUUGGUAGUUUCAGGAGAGACGAGGUCAGGAGGCAAGGCUGUGAAUGACAAGCGGAUAGAGCAAGGCUGGAAGGAGCUGGAUGUCUUUGAGGUGGAUGUCCUUGAUGCCACAGAGAUUGCAGACGAGGCAGCAACAAAAACGCAGGAUUUUGCGGCAAAGAUAAGUAGCACAGCCAUCAGACAACAGAGGGCGGAGGCUGCGUGUAAAGCAGGUUCGUCUUGA